AUGGCACCUGCAGCUGGAAAUCGCCUCCAAGGUGCUAUAUGCAUACACAGCAGUGACAGAGAGGACGCCAUUCAGCAUCGCGCUGAUAUAGUAGCCGAACCGCCAACCGAUGGUGUCGACAGAGACUCCUCCGAGGACCAGGCCGACGGCGUAACCCAGCGGCUGUCUCUUGCCCACGGACGCGAAGCCAAUGUUACGUCUCAAGCCCGACGGACACCUCCUCGUCAUCAAGCUGACGGCCGCCGGCAGGCACAUGGCGAUGGCCAGCCCAAGCAGGGUCCGAAAGACGAUGCGCUUGUCGCCCACCACGUCGGCGAGCGAGCCAAAGACCAGCAGCGUGCACCCGGCCGCCAGCGCGUACACGGACGCGGGCCAGAACAGGAGACUCUCGCUGAGCAUGAGGUCUGGGGAUGCCGGAGCCCAUGGUGUUGA